AUGUUGGGUAGUGUAGUUCACAAAGAAGUUCAGGCAUGCAGCAUCUCGAAGGUUCCACACAAAAUUCGCAAGCCAAACAAUGGCGCAUACGAGCCAAAGGUUGUCUCCAUCGGACCCUACCACAGGGAAUCCGAAGGCGAAAACGAUCUCGUGUUGAUGGAACAACCUAAGUGGAGUUACAUGCUGCAUCUUCUUGGACGAUCCCAACAACAAGAAAAUGGAAACGCCGAGGAAAGUCAACUGGGACCAGAACAAGAAAACGAAAACGCCGAGGAAAGUCAACAGGGACCAAAUGUGCUGAAAAUUUGCGGCACAACCAUUCUGGAUUUAGACAACAUAGUUCGUGCCAGCUACGGAGGGAACAUUCAAACCGAACAACACGAGCUGGCUAAAAUAAUACUACUGGAUGGUCUUUUCUUGUUGGAAUUUCUAAUCAGGCUUAGCAAGUACAUGGCUGCCUUGAGCGACAACAAUUAUGUUGUCCUUAGUCAUUACGUUGAUGACCCCAUAUUCGAGAGUCAGGAGAAACUAUUGUCUGUUUUGAGUGACAUGUUGUUGCUUGAGAAUCAAAUACCUUUCAUUGUUCUCAAGAAGCUGUAUAGGAGACUCUUCCCCUAUGAUGUUCCCAGUGAGGAAGAUCAUCGUGUUGCUGAACUUGCAUUGGGAGCUCUUGGCUACCCUUUGAUUACUCCUACAUCUGGCGUGGCUCACCUCCUUCACCUUGUUCAUUUGUCCAUAACAAACCAAGAGGAGAAACACGAAACGACUCACGUGCGGCGAGAGUUGAAGCGUUGUGCUACGAGGCUUCGAGCUAAUGGAAUAAAAAUAAGACCCGCCAAAAGAAGCGAUGUUGAUUAUACUGAUCAUUUGAACAAGUUUGAGUUUGGUAAUAGCUUUGACUUUGAGAUAAAAUUCAACGACAAAGAUGGGGUGUUGGAGAUUCCUCAGCUGCGUAUUAAGAAGUCAACGGAAGUCAAAUGGAGGAACUUGAUCGCCUGGGAGCAAAGCAGGAUUGGGAACAGAUGCAAAUUGACUUCGUAUGCAUUGUUCUUCCAAGGUAUGAUUUGUUGUCCCCAUGACAUUGAACUGCUUGAGCAUGUCGGGGUUUUAGUCAAUGAAUCCAAGAAAAGUAAUGAAGAUUUGCUGAAGCUGUUUCGUACUAUGUGUGAGGGAGUUGAACACAUGGAUUCGAUUUAUCGCAAAGAUUGUGAAAAAUUGAACAAAUACACGGCAACGAGUCUAUUAACUGUGUUGAAAAAAUGGCCUAUUGUAAUUUGGCAUCGGUGCAGGUGUCUCUUUGCGAUUAUUCUUUUCUAUUGGAAAAAUUGGUACAGCAUUUUGAUAAAGGAACAUAUCCCUACGGUUUGGAAACUCAUAGGAGUGUUGGCAGCUAUCGUGCUGCUAGGUCUCACUGUGGCGCAGACAUAUUAUGCAGCACGCAGCGAUAAGAAAAACAAAUAG